AUGGCAUUUUCAUUCAACAGCAUGAGUGAUGGGACGCUGGAUACCUCGCGCGGCGAAAACUCCUUAUUGGAUCGGAUCGAUGAGUUGGAAACCUACAACAAGCAGAUGAAUCGGCUGGGGGAGGUGCGGCUUCUGCAACUUCGCCACGCCAAGGACCAGCUGCUGCAGAAGAGGCGGAGAGCAGCAAGCGACGAGGUGAGUGUGGUCGACUUCUCCUGUCGGACACCCUCCGCUAGCUCCACGGCCCCGGCACCAGCACAGGUCUGCUCUCCAAGCAAGACUUCCGAAAGGUCAGGCGAAAGCCUGGACACGAGGACAACGGCCACGAUCCUGGCAAAGAACCGCGAGCUUCAGCGGGUUUCCUCUGCGCUGGCUGCGAAGGCACACGAGGCUGAGAUCUACAAGCAAGAGUUGGCCAUGACACGGCAGGUGGGGCAGGAAAAGAGGCAUUCUGCUCCUCCAAAGUUGCGACAG